AUGGAUUUCGAGCUUAGAUCGGCGAGGGAGAAGCUCGAUAGAGAGCAGAGAGAGAGGAAAGAGAGAGCGAGACUUAAGCUCGAGCGUGAGAAGAAAGCCAAAGAGGCUGCGAUUCGGCAACGCGAAGCCAUUGAAGCUUCUCAGAGAGCCCGACGACUUGACGCCAUCGAAGCCCAGAUUAAGGCUGAUGAACAUAUGCAAGAGAGUCUGAUUGCUGGAGGAGGAAUAGUGUUUGAACGAGUCUUCCAAGCUGUUCCUUUCCAAGGAAAUGGAGAUAAGAUAAAACUCCCACCAUCGUGCUUCACAGAGCUAUCUGAUCAAGGAGCUUUCGAUAAAGGUCCUUUGUACUUUGAGCUCUCUGUAGCUGACCACACUGAUAACAAGAAGACAACACACUCUGGCGUUCUUGAGUUCACCGCUGAAGAUGGCACUGUUGGUCUUCCUCCACACGUUUGGAGCAACUUAUUCUCAACGCAUGAUCCAACAGAUGUUCCUUUGGUGCAAAUCCGUUAUCUCCGUCUUCCUAAAGGAAGCUACGCAAAGCUUCAGCCGGAUAGUCUCGGUUUCUCGGAUUUGCCUAACCAUAAAGCCAUCUUGGAAACGAUUCUUCGUCAACAUGCUACACUUUCUCUAGACGAUGUUCUCUCUGUGAGUUAUGGGCAGGUCUCUUACAAGCUACAGGUUCUUGAGUUAAAACCUGCCUCGAGCAUUUCGGUUCUGGAGACUGAUAUUGAGGUUGAUAUUGUUAGUCCAGAUAUAGUUUCGGAUCAACCGAAGAAUCAACAUGUGUUGAGGCCGCUUCAGUUUGGGAAAUCCGAAUCCGGAACAGUUGAGGAAGGAAGAUAUGAUUACUAUAAGUUUACGGUUGAUGAGUCUACUGUAGAGAAAGUAAUGGCAGGAAGCGUCAAAGUUAUUGUCAAGAUAGAUGUGGAAAAAGAUGGUGCGGAUACUGAUCUCUACGUGUCAAAACAUCCGGUUCUGUUUCCAUCUUUGAAUCAACAUGAGUGGUCUUCACACGACGUUGGUUCAAAGACGUUGAUCUUGGGAUCAAAGGAGAAGGCUCUGAGCUCAGGGACUUACAGUAUUGGUGUCUACGGCUUCAAAGGAACGGUCAAGUACCAGGUUUCAGUGCUAGUUCAAGAAAGCAGCGAUGGUGCUAAGGUUGGGGAACGGGCUGUGUCGUCUUCAUCAGAUGUCGAUACAGUAGAGUGUAGGAACUGUAAGCAUUCGAUUCCAAGCAGGAGUAUCGCUUUGCACGAGGUGUACUGUAGCAGACACAACGUUGUUUGUAAUCAUCCUGGAUGCGGAAUCGUUCUGAGAGUUGAAGAGGUUAAAAACCAUUUGCACUGUGAGAAAUGUGGGAAAGCAUUGCAGCCAACGGAGAUGGAGAAACAUCUGAAAGUCUUCCAUGAACCACUCGGUUGUGGCUGUGGAAUCGUGCUUGAGAAAGAACAGAUGGUUCAACAUCAAGGAAGAGAUUGUCCUCUUCGUUUAAUCGCUUGCAGGUUCUGUGGAGAUAUGGUGGAAGCUGGUAGCUCUGCAGCUGAUGCUAGAGACAGGAUGAGAGGAAUGUCUGAACAUGAGAGCAAUUGUGGCUCAAGAACUGCACCUUGUGACUCUUGUGGUCGAUCUGUGAUGCUCAAGGAGAUGGACAUUCACCAGAUUGCUGUUCACGGCAAGAGCAGCUAA